GGCAGCCUGAGCCGCUGCGGGAGGCGAGGAGGAAGCUGCGCGUCCUGGGAGGCGUGCGGGACACGUACUGGCGGACUAUCGGCCGCUGGGAACUGCGGGACCCCGGGCGAGAAAUCUGCCGGCUUUUGUGGGACCGCUCCCGGGGCUACCGAAUGCCAGCUUACUUCGUGUGCAUCUGGGAGGUUCUGGGGCAGGUGACAGCACCGUGACCUAUCACCAUGGAUGGAGAUGGACUUUUUGAUGAAGAAACCCAAAGUGUCUUUACCAGUCUGGGUGCUUUGACUGGCCCAGGUUUUGACAAAACCUGCCUGGUUCCCUCUGGGGGAUCCGAAUGAGAGAUCUCAGACACCUUCACUGCGAAGCCAAGGACAUUUCUGUAUAAUCAACGGAUGAAAGGAUUUUUCUCAGACUCUCUUUCCUCCCAUUUUCCUUGAGGAUUAAUCCACCAGAAUCCACAGUUCCGGUGGAGACUGCAAGGCAUACAAUGUGGCAGAAGCCUAGAGCGCCUUCGGAAUUGCUCUGGACCCUGCCUUUAGCGUAGAGGACUCUCUUGCCGCUCCCCUCCCCUGCCCCCAACUCCCUUCCUUCUGUCUUUGACUGGUUCUCGUUUUUUUCCCUGUGAAGUUCUGUUUCCAAACUGUUCCCCGGAGCUAUAAGUGGAUUGGCAGUAACGAGAGAUUAGGCGUUGGGAGAAGCCCAGUGCCCUGUGCAAAGUGUCCUCUUCCUGCUGCGGCCGCCGCCGACAUGAAGUGCUUUUUCCCAGUGUUGAGCUGUCUGGCUGUGCUGGGUGUGGUGUCAGCACAGCGACAGGUCACCGUCCAGGAAGGGCCCUUGUACCGCACAGAGGGCUCCCACAUCACCAUUUGGUGCAACGUGAGUGGCUACCAGGGUCCCUCGGAGCAGAACUUCCAGUGGUCCAUUUACCUGCCCUCCGCCCCGCAGCGUGAAGUACAGAUUGUUAGCACAGUGGACUCCUCCUUUCCUUACGCCAUCUACACCCAACGAGUCCGAGGUGGGAAGAUCUACGUGGAGAGAAUCCAGGGGAACUCGGCCUUACUUCACAUCACAGAUCUGCAAGCCCGGGAUGCUGGGGAGUAUGAAUGUCACACCCCCAACACUGAUGAGCGCUACUUUGGAAGUUACAGUGCCAAGAUGGACCUAGUGGUGAUCCCAGAUUCCCUGCAGGCCACAGCUGUCCCCCAGACUCUGCACAAAGUGGAACAGGACCCCCUGGAGCUCAGUUGUGAAGUGUCCACUGAGAGCGACCAGCACAGCCACCUCUCCGUAUCCUGGCUUCGGCGGAAGGGUGGCGAGAAGCCUGUGGAGGUCAUCGCCCUGAGCCGCGACUUCAUCCUGCACUCCAGCAGCGAAUACGCCCAGAGGCAGAGCCUGGGGGAGGUGCGGCUGGACAAGCUGGGGAGGACCACCUUCCGCCUCACCCUCUUCCACCUGCAGCCUUCCGACCAGGGCGAGUUCUACUGCGAGGCUGCCGAGUGGAUCCAGGAUCCAGAUGGCUCUUGGUACGCCAUGACCCGGAAGCGCUCCGAGGGUGCUGUCGUCAACGUCCAGCCCACCGACAAAGAGUUCACCGUGCGUCUGGAGACAGAUAAGAGGCUGCACACAGUGGGUGAGCCGGUGGAGUUCAGAUGUAUCCUAGAGGCUCAGAACAUUCCCGACCGGUACUUUGCCGUCUCCUGGGCCUUCAACAGCUCACUCAUCGCCACCAUGGGGCCUAAUGCUGUGCCCGUCCUCAACAGUGAAUUUGCCCACCGUGAAGCCAAGGGACAGCUUAAAGUGUCCAAAGAGAGUGACGGUGUCUUUGUGCUGAAGAUAUACCACCUCCGCCAGGAAGACAGUGGCAAAUACAACUGCCGGGUGACAGAGCGAGAGAAGACUGUCACUGGCGAGUUCAUUGACAAGGAAAGCAAGCGUCCCAAGAACAUCCCCAUCGUCGUCCUUCCCCUCAAAAGCAGCAUCUCCGUGGAGGUGGCCAGCAAUGCCAGCGUCAUCCUUGAGGGUGAGGAUCUGCACUUCUCCUGUAGCGUCCGCACAGUGGGCAGAUUGCAGGGCCGCUUCUCUGUCAUCUGGCAGCUUGUCGAUCGGCAGAACCGCCGCAGCAACAUCAUGUGGCUAGACCGGGAUGGCACCGUGCAGUCGGGCUCGUCCUACUGGGAGCGCAGCAGCUUUGGGGGCAUCCAGAUGGAGCAGGUGCAGCCCAACGCCUUCAGCCUGGGCAUCUUCAACAGCAGGAAGGAGGACGAGGGCCAGUACGAAUGCCAUGUGACGGAGUGGGUACGGGCCGUGGAUGGAGAAUGGCAGAUCGUGGGAGAGCGCCGUGCCAGUACCCUCGUCUCCAUCACAGCUCUUGACACGGGCUUUGCCGUCACAGCCAUCUCCCGGACUCCAGGGGUGACCUACAGCGACUCCUUUGACUUACAGUGCAUCAUCAAACCCCACUACCCAUCCCGCGUCCCCGUGUCAGUGACAUGGCGGUUCCAGCCAGUGGGCACAGUUGAGUUCCAUGAUCUGGUGACCUUCACACGGGAUGGAGGGGUUCAGUGGGGAGACAGGUCGUCCACCUUCCGAACUCGGACCGCCAUCGAGAAGGCCGAGUCCAGCAACAACGUCCGCCUGAGCAUCAGCCGGGCCAGUGACACAGAGGCCGGCAAGUACCAGUGUGUGGCGGAGCUGUGGCGGAGGAACUACAACAAUACCUGGACGAGGCUGGCAGAGAGGACCUCCAACCUGCUGGAGAUUCGGGUGCUGCAACCAGUGACGAAGCUGCAGGUGAGCAAGUCGAAGAGAACCCUCACGCUGGUGGAGAACCGGCCAAUUCAGCUCAACUGCUCCGUUAAGUCCCAGACCAGCCAGAACUCGCACUUCGCCGUGCUGUGGUACGUUCACAAGCCCUCGGACGCAGAUGGCAAGCUCAUUCUCAAAACCACGCACAGCUCAGCCUUUGAGUAUGGAACCUAUGCCGAGGAGGAGGGCCUGCGAGGCCGGCUGCAGUUUGAGAGGCAUGCGUCAGGGGGCCUGUUCAGCCUCACUGUGCAGAGAGCUGAGGUCAGUGACAGUGGUAGCUACUACUGCCACGUGGAGGAGUGGCUGCUGAGCCCCAACUACGCCUGGUACAAGCUGGCCGAGGAGGUUUCAGGGCGCACCGAGGUCACCGUGAAGCAGCCAGACAGCCGUCUGAAGCUCAGCCAAGCCCAGGGCAACCUGUCUGUUCUGGAGACCUGGCAGAUCCAGCUGGAGUGUGUGGUCCUGAACCGUACCAGCGUCACCUCCCAGCUCAUGGUGGAAUGGUUUGUCUGGAAGCCCAACCACCCAGAGCGGGAAACAGUGGCCCACCUGAGCCGAGAUGCUACCUUCCACUAUGGUGAACAGGCCGCCAAAAACAACCUCAAGGGCCGACUGCACUUGGAGAGCCCGUCUUCCGGCGUGUACAGGCUCUUCAUCCAGAAUGUGGCGGUCCAGGACAGCGGGACCUACAGCUGCCGGGUGGAGGAGUGGUUGCCCAGCCCCAGUGGUGUGUGGUAUAAACGGGCUGAGGACACAGCUGGGCAGACGGUCGUCACAGUCAUGCGACCUGACGCCGCCCUGCAGGUGGACACAGUGGUCCCCAAUGCCACGGUAUCCGAGAAGGCAGCUUUCCAACUAGACUGCAGCAUCCUGUCGCGAUCAAGCCAAGACUCCCGCUUUGCUGUGGCCUGGUAUUCCCUAAGGACUAAAGGUGGAGGAAAAAGAGGCAGCCUUGGCGUUGAAGAACAAGAGGAGGAGGAAGAGGAGGCAUCGGAAGACGAGGACAGUGGAGAUCCAGCAGAGAAGAUGGUCCUGCUGAGCGUGGGACCCGAUGCUGUCUUUGGUCCCGAAGGCAGCCCUUGGGAGGGCAGGCUGCGUUUCCAGAGACUCUCACCCCUGCUGUACCGGCUCACGGUGCUUGAGGCGAACCCCCACGACACAGGCAAUUACUCCUGCCAUGUGGAGGAGUGGUUGCCCAGCCCUCAGAAGGAGUGGUACCGGCUAACAGAGGAGGAGUCGGCCCCCAUUGGCAUCCGGGUGCUGGACACAAGCUCCACCCUGCAGUCACUCAUCUGCUCCAACGACGCCCUCUUCUACUUCGUCUUCUUCUACCCUUUCCCCAUCUUCGGCAUCCUCAUCAUCACCAUCCUGCUGGUGCGCUUCAAAAGCCGGAACUCCAGCAAGAACUCGGAGGGGAAGAACGGGGUGCCCCUGCUGUGGAUCAAGGAGCCGCACCUCAACUACUCCCCGACUUGCCUGGAACCCCCUGUGCUCAGCAUCCAUCCAGGAGCCAUAGACUAAGGAGGGUGGCCCCCUGCAGACAUUGCCCAUGGCAGGGUCAGGUCAGGGGAGCCCUGUGGGCUUUUCCUCGCUGCUCCGUGCUCUGUGAUUGGACAGACCACAGCACCCGAACUCUGCAGUUUCUCUGCAGGAACCAGUCAGACCUGGACCGUGUUGGAAGAUCCCAGUCGUGGAGAUGACUGCCUCCAGGCGGCAGUCCUGGUUAGCUGUUUGCACCCAGGUGUCGUGAUCCCAACGCCCUAGGUUUCUAGUUUUUGGUUUUGGUAACGUAGUGCGUAGCUCCAGGGGCCGCAUCUACUCACCAGUCUGUCUAGUGUUUUCGGACCGGUGCUACGGGGUUUCCUGUUCAGUGUAAUGUACUCUUUUAAGCCCCUUUGGUCCUCUCCGUGUGGAUCUCAUAAUGUUGUGGAAGAGUUUUCUCUCACAACCGAAAAGCAAGAGGAAGACGACUUUAUAGUAACAAGAAAUCUCUUCCAAGACGUUUUUGUUUUUGCACAUUUGAAAAUGCCACCCGUGGAUCAAAAUACACCCAAACAUUUUUUUUUUUUUUUU